UUCACAGACGACGACGACGAUUAUGAAGAAGAAGAAGAAGGGAAUGAAGAUCUUGGUUUUUUUAAUGUCAGUGACUUUGUUGACAAAGAAGAUGGCGGAGUUAGUGAAACAGUUGAAGAGAAUAUUGACAAGGAAUUGGGUUUUUCAUUUGCUGUCAACAAGAACGAGAAAGAAGAGCAGGAAGAGGAAGAAGAGGACCCAGAAGAAUUUGAACGAAAAUCAAAACAACUGCAAGAGAUAUUCAGUUGUUUGCCACCAGUUCUUAUCAAAAGAAUUCUCCGUCGAGAUGACGUGAAAGGAAAUAUCGAAAAAGCCAGUGAGAAGCUUCAAGAGUUUCAAGAUAUGGAGAAUCCUGCGGACCUUUUUAAAAAUCCAGCUGAAGGAAAACCAUUGAUUACGAAACCUGAAGGAAAAUUUGAAAAUCCUCAGACACACGGUCCUAUUAAGCAAGCUUGGGUGGCAGAGGACAAAUCUUCCGGAGGCCCUGAACAGGAAAGUAAUAGAGGGAAGAAAAAGAGAAGAAAACCCAGAAAAAAAAAUCAGACGCAAGGGCAACAUGGCGAUGCAGAACGACAAGGUGAAAUAAGAAAUAGUUGUGAUAGCGAUAAGUCUGAUCAAAAUGAGGGGAGCCAAGCUUGUCGAGGUAACAACACAAGGCAAAGAGGCAUGACAAGAGGAGGACCGCAAAGGGGACCCAGAGGUGGGUUUUUCCAGGGUCCAAACAAGACCCAAGUGUCUAGAGAUGAUCAAUUUUAUGCCCCUCAAGGACAGUGGUCUGGUCAUCAAAACGCCUUUCCGUCGCAGAGAGGACGUGGAAACCAACGAGGACAAAGAGGUGGCUUUCGUCCGAACCCAAUCGCAGGACAUCGAGAUAAUUCGCUUUAUGGAUCUCAGGAAUGGCGCUCUGGUGAUGGAGGCAAUUUUCAACCUGAAUUGGGACGUGGAGGUCAAAGCGGUCGAGGGCGUCUACCAAAACCAAAACCGAAGCCAAAGGGUAAGGGACGAGGUGGGGGACGGGGUGGCAAUUUCCAGGAGCAACAUCAAGUUCCAGGAGAUUUUCAGGAGAGCGAUCAGUUUUCAGAUGCUAAAGAUUACUCUCAGUUCAUGCCAAGAAAACUGAAACAACUAGGUGGAAAAGGAAGAGAUUCUCAAGAAAGGGAGCUUGUCAGCAGUAAAACCCCGGCCCCCCGUCCUGCUGAUCAGUCUCAAUUUGAAAGAAAUACAAUACUCAUUCGAGGGCUUAGUGAGAAAACUUCGCCAGACGGACUGGUGAACUUUAUUGAGGCAAAGAGUGGUGGGGAAGAGGUCAAGGACGUACAGAUGCUGAAGAAUGGAAAAGCCUUGGUCACCAUGGCUGAUGAAAUCAAAGAUUUCACGAAAAUAAAGACCAAAUGCGAGGAGAGAGGUCUGGAUGGUGCAAAGGUUUCUAUCGAACAAGUCCCGGUUUGCAAAAGCAUCCUUGUCACUGGGUUUUCAGACAUUACCCAUGAUUUUAUUGAACUGUACUUUGAGAGUCGUCGAAAUGGUGGGGGUCCUGUGGAGAAGGUUCACCAUGUUCCUAAAAGUAGUCAAGCUGUGGUUGUGUUUCAAGACGCAAAAGAUAUGGAAAGAGUGUUAACCAGACAUGAAGAGAAACCUUAUGAGAUUGAACAAACCCAGCUGUCUAUUAGAGCUUACCGAGAGUUUCUAGAAGACGAAGACGAAGACGUUGAUGGAGCGGAGGAUUCCGGUGACUUAGGAGCUACUGCAACCGCGGCCAGUGAAUCUCGAGUGAGCCAGAAACCUGAUGCCAAAGCACAACAGCUGCACAUAGCUGUAGAUCCCGAUGUUAUGGAAUACGUCACGUCUACAGGAUUCCAAGCUGAACUGAACAAUUCACUGUCUGGAAAAAAGAGCGAAAUCACCUGGAAACCUAACAGCAAAAUGGCUGUAAUAGUGUACCGUGGGGAAGAUGACAGUGAUUCAUGGCAAUCUGAAUGCAUUGACCAAGUACAAAAUUACCUCGGCAAGUUUGCGAAGUGCGAUGUGCAGGUCAACAAGGAUUUCUGGGAAGCCGUUGUAGCAAAAGUUCCCAGCAUUCGCACCUGCUUAGGAGUUGAUCCCCCGCUGAUCAAGACUAUUCCUGAUUCAAAUAUUGCUAGGAUCGUUUCACUAGGAACAAACGUGAAAAGUAACGAGGAUAAGGUGAAGUCAAAGUUGGAAGAAAUAUACCGCGAGGAGACCAGAAAAACUUACCUAAAGAAGAAAAUUCCAAAUGUUCCUGAGAAGCGCCUAAUUUUGCUGAAGAAGAUAAAAUUUGCCGAGAAACUCCAAGAAAAGAACAAGGAGCUGGAGAUCAAGAUUAAUACUGAAGGUGAAGAAAUAUAUUUCGAAGGUCCCCAGCCACAAUUCACUGAGGCAACCAUGAAGUUCUACAAACAAAUGGCUGACAUGGUUGAGAAGAAACUAACUUUAUCUGUCAGCAUCCUGGAGAUUUUAAACUCAGAUGAGGAGCUUCAGACUGUCAAAUGUGAGUUGGAAAGAAACAACGUGGAAGCAGUGUUCUUUAUUGAGAAAGACGCCACCAUAGUGGGAUCAUCAGCAGCGCAUGCAAACAACGCGGCGGGGCUCGUGAACAAGUUGACGGUGGAAGAGAAAGUUCAAGUGGACGAGAAAAGCAAGCAUUUGUUGAAGUCAUCUGAAUGGCUGAGGUUGUGUGGCGAGAUGAACCAAACGGCUGUCCGUGUCCGGAGGGACAACUGGAACGAUACAUACGUAGCUGGGUUUCGUGAUGACGUGACCGAAGUGAUAAAGAAGUUAAAUACCUUUCUUGAAAACAAUUGCAUCAGGGAGGAAAGUUUUGUGUGCACGUCUGAUAUUAUGCGAAGGUAUCUUCUUGAGCUACGUCAAGAAGAUCUACGCACCAUAGAGAAUCAACUAAAAGAUUUUGUAGUGAGUAUUAAAAAGGGAAAAGACGAUGAUGAUUUUGUCAUUUCUGGAAACAGAGAGGGUUUGAAACGUGUAGGAAAGAAGCUCGAUGCUCUGAUGGAUUCCACUGAGUUCAAAACCUUUGAAGUGAAACAGCCAGGCCUUCGAAAAUACUUUGACAGUGGAAAAGGAGAUCAGCUGGUAAAAUCAGUGGAAAAAGAUAAAGACUGUGCCAUAAAAGUCCAGAAAAAUUUAGGUCGAGGAGGAAGGGACGAGGAGUUGCGCGUCGAAUCUGUAUCCGACGCCUCUACUUCUUCAGGCGACAGUGAAGAUGAUGCUGUGGAUGACCACGCUACCACUGCUGGAACUGACUCGUGUACCCUGGUAAUAGCCCAAAGACACAGAGUGUCGUGGAAACCUGGAAAUAUAGAGGCUGAGAAGGCUGACGUACUUGUCAGUUCUCAAGGAGCAUGCGAUAAAGCAAUCAUGAAUUCCGGUGGUCCUCAGGCCGCAACCCCCAACGUUGGUGACAUCACUGUCUCUGGUGGUUUUUCCUCAGUCAGUCACGUGAUUCACACUAACUGUUGUAAGUGGAACAACGGUGGAGGGGAGCCGACGCUAAGGGCCAUCGUUCAAAAGUGUCUGCAAACAGGCGAAACGCUUGGAGCGAACUCCAUUGCAUUUCCUGUCAUUGGGACUGGAAACCUACACUUCCCACGCGAUGCAGCCUCGAGAAUCAUGUUGGAUGAAACAGUCAAUUUCUGCAAAACCAACCCUGGUUCUAAUUUACGGGACAUCCGAUUUGUCGUGUUUAACCAAGAUCAAGCAUUAACUACCGCCUUCAAACAAGAGAUGGACAAACUACAGCCCAAGCAAACUAGCCUCCCUGCCUUCACGACUUUAACUAGAGGAAUACGUUCCUUCUUUGGAUGGAAGAAAACAGUGGGGACAUUGGGUGUAAGCAUUGAAGUCUUGCAGGGCGACUUGUGCCAGGAAACUACGGAUGCCAUAGUGAAUAUAACAAGUAAGGACUUGAAUAUGGACAGUGCUGGAAAGUUGAGCCAGACAGUGAAACAGCUAGCCGGGCCACAGGUUGAGACUGAGUUGAAGCAGUUCGGACAACAAUCAGGUGGAACCGCAUUGAUCACCAGCAGUGGAAAUCUCCCUACGCAGAAAAUUAUUCACUUAAUUCCAGACACCAAUAAUAAAGACCACCUUCAGCAGUGUGUUGAAAGAUGUCUUCGGCUGGCAGAGACGCAUAGUCUUGGAUCCAUUUCGAUUCCUGCAGUUGGUACCGGUGCAUUCCAUGUUUCUGCAGUGGACUCGGCCAGUCUGAUAUUUAAGGCCCUGACAAACUUUAGUGGAAGCUUCCGUAGUGUCCGCAAGGUCAGGAUCGUAAUCUUCGAGUCUCCAAUGUUGUCGGCAUUUCAGCAAGAACAUCAGAGGCACUCGUUUUCUCCACAAGUAGGUGUGGCUCAGCGCAUGACCUUAACUAGCCCUUUCAGUAUCGAGGUGAUAAAUGGUGAUUUGACGCAAGAGAACAGCACUGACGCUAUCAUGAAUAUCAACAGCACGGACAUGAACAUGAAUAACGCCGGAGACCUAAGCAAAGCCAUAGCAAGACAGAGUGGUCCACAAGUGCAACAAGAAUGCAACCAAUUGGGAAAGCAACCUCCUGGAACAGCGAUAAUGACAAGCGGAGGUAGUUUACAAGUACCUCAUAUUAUUCACAUAAUUCCAGGCUCCUCAGAUAAGCAACAUCUCCAGCAAUGUUUGGAGGAGGGUCUUCGCGUUGCGGACGCCAAUAACUUUCAAGCUAUCUCAAUUCCGUGUGUUGGCACAGGAGGAUACGGCUUGAACGGAGCGGACUCAGCCCAACUGACGUUCAAAGCACUAAAUGCAUUCAGUGCCCGCUGUAAAAAUAUUCAAAAAGUAAGAGUGGUCGUGUUCCAGGCCUCUAUGAUGCAGGAGUUUCUACAAGAGCAGAAGAAACAACUGGUGCAAGGUAUUGAAGAAGACAGUGACUCAGAGGAUGCAGUAGCCAGGCAAACCCGAAGACGCGGACGUAGGCAGGCACCAGGCCAAAGUGAUGAACAUUCUGUAAGAAUUUCUGUGAUCGGCAAAGACAAGGUGAGCGUGGGAAAAGCCGUGGAGUCCUUGAAGAAAGGUUUCUCUGACGCUUGUACAACGGAAAAAGUCGAAAAUGAAAUCGUCAGUCAGCUUUCCGAUAAGCAGAAAGAUAUCCUGAGAAAAAAGGCUAAAGACCGUGACGUCAAACUUGAAAUUGAGGAUGACGUUGAUCGCAUUGUCGUUCGUGGUGGACCAACCGAAGUUUCUGGAAUAGUCGGGGAGAUCUGGAAAGAGAUCAGCGAGAGGACGAAGAAGAAGCAGGAGGAAGAACAAGCGAAGUUGGUUUCAAAGAACAUAGAGUGGAGCUAUGAAAUACAAGGCAUACAAAUGGCGUUCGCUCCGAAAGCAAAUGCCAAGAUUGAGUUGGCCCACAGCAAAGACGAGGACACAGUGCAAGUUUCUCUACGAGGAGACAAGUUUGUUAUCAACUUGAAGAGAAACUCUGGACGUGGACAAACGUCUGGUGAACAAAUAACACUGAAAAGAAAGGUGAAGGGUGCUGAUGAAGGAAUUGCUCUGCCAAAGCACUGGACACCAAUGCCCAGCCAUGACUCCACUGUACAUAAAGUACAAUUGCACCCAAGCUCCCCUGAGUAUCAAGAUGUGGUACGUAAGUUUCAAGCCACGGCCGGAGCGUUAAAUAUUCAGAGGAUUGAACGCGUACAGAAUCCUCAUCUGUAUCAGUCUUACAUGGUACGAAAACAGAAAAUGGAUAAAGAUACGAGAGGAAAUAGUGAAAGACAGCUGUUUCAUGGAACUGAUGCUAAAAAUAUCAACCAUAUCAACACACAAGGAUUCAACAGGAGCUUCUGUGGGGCUCAUGGCACGGCUUAUGGACGUGGUGUUUAUUUUGCUAGAGACGCUCAAUACUCUGUUGGAUACGCUGGGGGUGGUGGUUAUGGAGGGCGCCACAUGUAUCUUGCCAAGGUUCUCGUGGGGCAGUAUUGUGUUGGAAAUCCUUCAAUGAUUGUGCCUCCACCAAAAAACCCAUCAAAACCUGAAAUUCUUUACGAUUCUGUGGUAAAUAACCAAUUAAGCCCCAGCAUCUUUGUUGUUUUCUUUGAUAAUCAGUGUUAUCCUGAAUACCUUAUAACCUUUUGAAGACCACAUGGACCUUUUACUUAGAAAACAGCAGAGUUAAAGGCCGAAAAAGCUUGAAAUGCUUUAUAGUUCAACUUAGUUUAUCAGCUAUAUGAAUUGCAGAAAAUCGUUCUCCUUCACAGUGUAGGGAACAUCAUAUAGAUAUUGGUUAAAGUUUCUCAAUAGCAUUCUUUACAGUCUCAACUCAAAGCUUAUUCUUUAUCCUAUAAAUUGUAUGAUUAUAUCCUUGGAGCUAGAGGGUCCUUGUAAUGCCAAACAGUAAAAUUCAGCUGAACGCUUUUUUAUCUCAACAGUGGAGUUACCACUAGCCUACAGGCAGCAGUUGUCAUUUUUUACGUUUCUCGGGCGAGCGUAGGGAAACGCGAGACAUGCGCGGGGACCACGACAUAGUCGUGUUCCUCGCCCCACGCGUUUACCUCGCGCUUGCCCCGUUUUCUCUCUUGGAAAAGAAAAGAGUUCUGCUGUUCUCAAAACGGUAUUUUCCUUUUUACCGCCAGACUGACAAACAAUAUUUUGUUACAUCAAUUUUCUACCAAAAAUAAAACUGGCGAAAGAAGAGAAUUUCGAAAAAUAUACGUACCUUUUUGAGAAAUGACAGUGACGUCGCUAAGAUGACAUUUGAUUUAUGAUGUAAAAGAUUUACUGAAAAGAAAACUUAGAGAAGCAUUUAUUAUUUAGUUGGCAGCCAAAAGCUCGGUCAGAAAGUGUGGCAUAGUAUUACCCACGUGUUUCACGAAUAGGUUUAUUUACUGAAAUAAAAUA